AUGUCGAGGCGAUUCUUGGACCUCCCAAAUCUUGUCGUCUUUCUAACCUUUUUUCUUCUAUUACAUAACUUUGCUCUUCCUUCAAAUGAAGUUGAUGUCCUGUUUUCUUGGCUUCAUUCUACUAAUUCACCAAUUCCUCAAACAUUCUCAAACUGGAAUCCUUCAGAUUCCAAUCCUUGUAAAUGGUCUCAUAUAGUUUGUUCUUCUAAUCUUUUCGUUACAGAAAUUGAUAUUCAGUUUAUUCAGCUGGCUCUUCCUUUUCCUUCUAAUCUUUCCUCUUUACAAUCCUUGCAAAAACUGAUCAUUUCUGGUGCUAAUCUCACUGGAACAAUCCCACAGGAUAUUGGAGAUUGUGUUUCACUUGUAACACUUGAUGUUAGUUCAAAUGGUCCAUGUACCUACUAA